AAUGAAACAAAAAAAGCAUAAAGCAUAUAAAGAGAGCUAGGAAGGUAAGGUGAGUGAUUUGAUAAAGAAACUUGAGAGUAAUUUGAAAGUGAAUGAAAAGAUAAAUAGUAUGAUUAUGAAAUUAGAUAAACUAAAACAGUAACUCACUACUCAACCAUAGUCAUAGUAAAAUUUGAAGGAGACAAUUGCAUAAUAUGAAGUUGCUAUUUGUAAUUACGAAGAAGAGAGAAGAAAAUAAAAUCUUACUUCAGAAGAGAGAUAGAGAAUAUUGGAUAAUAUUAGAGCGGUGAUUAAUUCGAUUGAAGUAUUUGUUAACUACAAUUUAGCCAUUGCCUGCCCAUAAUCAAAAUGAAAAGUAGAUUCAUAAAGAUUUAAAGAAUCUAAAUAGAAUAGAAGAAAAUUUUUUAAUAUUAAGAACUAAGUCUUCUGAUGAAUAAUUCAUAGUUGAUUCUUCGAAGAUCAUAUGUUAAGUUGUCGAAAAGAAAAAUAAAAUAAUUAUGAUGAUUGACAAGACAGAAGAUGAUAACUAAGGAGUGACUAUGAAAAUGUAGUAAUUGAAGAUUCAGAAUGACGAUUAAUAGGCUGAGACACCAACAAUGCUGCCUGAUGAAAUUUAGAAUUAUGGUUUAAUUAAAGAUGAAUAGUCUUAAAGAAAAUCAAAAUAAUCAUUAUAAUUUAUUGGAGAAAUAUAAUAAUAAUCUGAAAAAAAUUUGAAUUAAUUUGAAACUCCAACAGCUGGUAAAGAUUCAGAAUUGAGUGAUAUCAAGCUAACAGAUAAAAAUAUUGAGAGUAAGUAAAGUUUCGAGGAAUAUACAAAUGAUAAUUAAUUAAAUUAAGAAUAAAUUUGUGAAGGAGAGAAAUGUCAAAUAUGUUUUGCAAAAAAAAGAAGAUAUGUUGCUAUUCCAUGUGGACAUUAUAUUUAUUGUGAGAUUUGUAAGUAAUUGGUUGAAUAAAAAAUGAAAUGCUUACUAUGCAGACAAAAUGUGUGUCAAAUGUUUGAAGUGUAUGCAUGAU